UAUGCUGACAGCUGGCCAGGAGGAGUGUCGGAAGGGGUUGAAUAUCCCUACCUGCGUUUAAGAAAAGCCUGUGCAUCUGAAACAGCUUGAUCAGCACCAACUUCGUCCUCUCUUUCUCUGAUUGUCCCAUUUGUCAGAGCUUUGCCACCGUUUCCCUGCAGCAUCUCUCCUGUUGACAGAUCGGUCACGGAAGGCUCUGAUGCUCGAGAGACACAGCCUCAUGAGCCCCGGAACAAGAUUUCAAUGAGCGUUUCUUUGGCUUGCUUCGAUCAAGGAUGGAAAAGCCAUGAGCCGAGAUGCGAAAGUCGUUGAUGGCUGGGAUUUUAAUAGGAUAAUACCUUGUCCUGGAACGUCAUCGAGACAGGAGGGAAGGAAGCGUGGCGAUCGACGUAUACCGGUUUCUUGGAAUGAACAUGGUGACAGUCGGUUUUUAAUUGGGAACUAGAAUUAGGGGGGAGAGAGAAAAUGAUAAUGAUUCAAAGGAACGCCUUGGUUGGAUUUUUUU